ACUCUCCUCCCCUUCCUUCACUCGUAUGGAGGCGUAUGCAUUUACAUACCAAAUCACACGGCGUGUUUUUUUCGUGGAACUGGCCACGGCUUUCCCGUACAUUUUUUAUUUAUUUAUUUUCAUUCGAGCUGCCGCCAUGUUGUUCUGAAGCAGGAUGACAGCAGGACGGCGCAGAAAAGGGAGACGGAACUAAUACGCCAGUAAACGCAGAAUAAACUCAGUUUUUGAGGACACGGGACAUUAUUAUUGAGACGGACAAACCGAACAGUAGAUAGCCUACGCCUUUGUUGUUUUCGCAUUUCCAAUUAAACCGAGGAUUUAAAGUGUAGCUAGCCCUCCGAUUUCCUGGAUAUUCUUUAUUUCGUUUUCCUAUGGCGUAGGGUUUUUAAAAGACUGUAUUCUUCUUUUCUGGGGGUGGGAGGGGGGCCUUCCAGUAAAAUAAAGGAUACCGAUUGUUAUAACCGAAUUACCGAACUCAGAAAGCCGACCAAAUGUGUAGGCUAAUACAAGACUAGUUACAUUUCUGACAUUCGAAUAGCUACCUCGUUCGGCUUCGUCCCGCUGGCUAAAGGAGUUUCAGAACCACCGCCAUACCGUCUUUUGGAUGCCUAAGUUGUGAUUUUCAAAGUAGGCUAAUUCCGCGAGUGUUUUUUAAAAGGAAAAGACGGGGAAAAUAUUCGUCGUUUUCACCUGGAAGGUCGCGCGCAAAAGGAGUCUACUGAAAAUGACGGGCAGUGUUCCGGCAGACAUGAUCAACUUGAGGCUCAUCCUGGUGAGCGGGAAGACUAAGGAGUUCCUGUUCUCGCCCAACGACUCCGCCGCGGACAUCGCCAAGCACGUCUGCGACAACUGGCCAAUGGAUUGGGAAGAGGAGCAGGUCAGCAGUCCCAACAUUCUCCGUCUCAUCUACCAGGGCAGGUUCCUGCACGGCAACGUCACGCUCGGAGCAUUGAAACUUCCCCUUGGCAAGACCACGGUCAUGCACUUAGUUGCCAGAGAGACGCUGCCUGAGCCAAAUUCCCAAGGUCAGAGGAAUCGGGAGAAGACUGGAGAGAGCAACUGCUGUUCAAUCCUGUAAAUACACCCAGCUGUCAACCCCCCCCCCCCCCAACUCCUUCACUGACCGUGCUGCAAUAUCGUCCGUCUGUCACGCUGCAGAAACACACACAUUAUCACUUAGAUUGGAGGACCUGUAGGCCGUUUCCAAUAAACAAAAAAUUAUUUUCAAUAAUCUGUAAAACCAAGAGGGGGGAGGGGAGUGAAAUUGGGGGAUGAAGAACAAAUGAAAGAUAGGAAAAGGUUCUGGACACGUUAUGCAUCUUGCAAGAAACAAAAUAAUUUUAAGUAAUCUAUAACAACAAGAUGGGGGGGAGGAAGAGGAAACGGAAGACGAAGGAAGAGGAUCCGGACCGUUAUGCUGUUGGUAUCGCGCUUAAGAAUCUUUUUUUCCAAGAGGUCAUCUCUAAUUUUUUUUGAGAAUCAAAACAAAUAAUUAUCCCCCCCCUAUAUUUUUCCCCAGUAACCACCCCCCCUUUAACCGUCCAUCCAGCCAACCCCCCCAUUCUGGAAUCAGUUUACACAGGACUGAGGCUGCCCCUCCCCGAUUCGCUUACCGCACUGCCACAAUUUCUUGUGGCUGUGCCAAGUCCGGACUCAUCGCAUACAGGAAUGUGUCUGUCUGUCUGUCUGACUUCGAAGAAGAUUGUUUGCAGUCUGAUUGAUUUUAUUUUAUUUUUUAAAAUUUUUAUAAGUGUUAUGGCAGUUUUUAAUGAGAUUCAGGGGAAUCACAGCAAAAGGGGGAGGAGGUGGACAGAUAUUGGGGGCGGAGUUUUUGGGAUGGAAAGUUCCAGGUUCUACCGAAUGAAAGCCCUCUGUUCUGUCACCAAAUUCCUUUUAGGAUGCUAGAUAUUAUAUACAAGUUCUAAAUUGCAGGCUGGUUAUUAUGGUAUGUCAACCAAACCCUAGAAAGUACAAUUUAACCACUAAAUUGAUCAAACUUGUGUGAUGUAAGUAUAGCAGAGGAAAAACAUGGACAUGCCUGCAAUCAGAUUGCAAUCGACAGAGGAGUAUUUUUUUGUUUUGUUUUUGUUUGUUUUGUUUUUCUUGAAAAUCCUGUAGGCAUUCUGAAAAGUGCACAUUAUAAACUAAUCCCCUAACACCAUGAGUGCAUUUACCUGGGAGAGAGAGGGGAGGGGUCUCUUUUGUCCAAUCACGCAUGAAGGCUUAACAAGUAAACUAACCAAUCAUCCAGGGCUUGACAUCCCACGCUCGCUCACCACUUUGCUGGAGACUUUCCGCAGUCGCGUCUCCAGUCAUCGCCAGUGUUGCGUCCAGAGACUGUAAAAAACAUAUUUAAACGACUCCUCUAGUGGGGGAGAAAAGAACAACGCGUCCCUCCCGUAUUAAUUACUCUACUUUUUUUUUUAACCAUGGUGUAGUAGUGGAUGUUGGUGCCUGCAGUACAAGCCAGAAGUUAAUUUUUUUUUAAUUUAAUUUUUUUUUUUUUUUUUUUGCAGUAGAUAAUAAAUCAAUUUGCACAACACUGAAGCACGAGCUUUUUCAUCUAAUCCUGUAAAAAAAGGUUUUAUAUUUUUCCAAUGGGAAUUAUAUUCCAAAAAUUAAGGUUACAUAUGUGUAGAAUAUAUUUAAUAUGAAUCUUAUAUAGUACAUGACUAUAGAUAUUAUUGAUAUAUAUUGGUGUUUAGUGUACGAUGGUCUAUAUAAAUAGCUUAUUAGCAGUUCAAAUGGUCACUUGCAGACAGUAUGUCUUGUACUUUAUGCAGAACAUCCUUAUCAUUGAUUCGACUUAUUGUAAUGACUGUGUUUUCUUUGGUUUCUUUUAUUUUUCAACUGUUGAUAAUCUAAAUAAUAUAAUCAUUAUUUUCUGUGGUUAUUGCUUUAAAUAAAUGCUUUAUAACACAGUAAUAGGUCUUAAAAGAGUGUUGUUCAUAUUGAUCAGGAUUCAAAUCUGUAUAAAGCAAAGUUUUCAAACUGAUUGUAAAUAGCCCUAAUGCUUUUUUUUCUCCUUCAAAUUACAAAAUGGAGUAAUUCUGUAAACUGAAUAAAGAAUAUUGAAGUGCUGA